AUGGAAGAGCCAGGACGUUCAGAAUGCCUGGAGACGCGCAAGACGCGCAUUGUGUGCAUCUCGGACACGCACUGUCAGACACCCAAACUACCUCGAGGCGAUGUAUUGAUACAUGCCGGAGACUUGACGAAUCAGGGAAGCUACUCUGAGCUGAAAAAGACGGUGGACUGGCUCGAGAAGGCAGAGUUUGAGGCCAAGAUUGUCGUUGCUGGGAAUCACGACAUCACCCUAGAUCCAUCAUUCUACGAAGAGCACGGAUCGCUAUGGCGCUGGCCCCAGACACAAGAUCCUGAAGCGUGCAGACAACUGUUGACUGCAUCCCCCUCGAUCACUUACCUCGAGAAUGAAGCUGCCAAUAUCUACCUGCGUGCACCAGGCGGACCCCAUACGUGCUUUAAAGUGUAUGGUAGUCCGUACUCGCCAAAAAGCCACCGUUGGGCGUUCCAAUACGAGGCAGAAAGGGCGAAGAAGCUAUGGGAUGGUAUUCCUUCUGAUACUGACAUAGUGGUGACGCAUACUCCACCCAAGGGUCACUGCGACCAGGCAACCAAGGACGACCGAUCCGGAUGCGAAACUCUCCUCGGAGCCUUGUAUCGAGUACGUCCCAUGUUAUCCAUCUGCGGGCAUAUACACGAAGCACGUGGUGUCGAACGUAUGCGGUGGAACGACUCUGGUGCCGAAGACGGCGGCGUGGUGGAGGAAGUGGAGAAAUGGAAAGACCCUGGGAUAGGGAACAAACAAUCACUGGUCAAUUUGACUGCUGCGGGAGGGCGUUCUUUGGAUAAUGGCAGCAGGCUGACACGUCAGGCAGUAGUACUGCAGCAGAAUAGAGGUUUAACGCUUCAGGAUUGUGACGGUGGGGGCCAGCCUGGCGUACCUGGAAGUCAUGGACCCAUGGUGUUCAGAAGGACCCAACGCCCCGCAUAUGCAGGAUCAUCUCAUAGUGAAGCGGAAGAGGAGAGGGCGACGAAGAACGGAUUAGAAAGUGCGGCGGAUCAUGAUCAAAGGGAAGAUGAUGACGAUUGCAAGAGCAGGAGGGAGACGGCGGUGAUCAAUGCCGCGGUGUUGGGCCCUCGACUUGCUGGCAAGGGGAUGCAAUUCAACAAACCGAUAGUAGUUGACGUCGCCCUACCAGUGUGGAGCUUCGAGAACAAUGUAGGAUGA